AUGCGCAAUCGACGCGCCUCUUUUCAGCCACCCUGCUACAUUUUCGUCUUUUGUUUCAACCUUUACACCUCAGUAUCAGUUUCAAUCUGUUGUAUAUCUGCGAUGUCGGCCCUCGCGUCGACAGCCGUGGCCCUCAGCAGUCGUGCGUUCGCGCCAACGGCCAUCGAAAUCACACUUGCCUGCGCUGAUGGGAUGACACUGGCUGCGCAAUCGUGGAAGCCAUCAAGUGAGCACACCACAAAGCGCCGCAUUUUAUGUCUACAUGGCUGGAUGGACAACUCGGCAAGCUUUCAUUACUUGGCCCCACGGAUAAUGGAACACUUUCCCAUGGACACGGAAUUGGUGGCGUUGGAUUUUCCGGGCCAUGGACUGUCCUCCCAUAAAUCUAUCGAUGGUCCCCCUUUGAUGCUUUCAGAGUCCGCGUUUUAUGUUGCUGAAGCCGUCCGGCGGCUCAAAUGGGAUAGUGAGUCAACCCCGUUUACAUUGAUUGGACACAGCAUGGGAGCAGCCGUCGGCUGUUUGUAUUCGGCGGUGUAUCCUGAACAAGUCAAAAACCUCGUUCUUUUGGAAGGGGCAGGCCCUUUGGCUCGAAAGACCGAAGACAUUGCCAAACAUAUACGAAUGCAUGUACAGCGCCGGCAAACUGCUCUGAUACAAAACAAGUCUCCUCGUAUAUAUCCCUCGUUAGAGCUGGCAGUGGCUACUAGGCGCCAGACAGCCAAAAAUUUUCCUGGCGAUCAGUCGCUGAGCAAAGAGGCUGCGACCUUGAUGGUAAAACGCGGAUCUGUGUCGGUUGGAGAAGGGGUUCGGUUUUGUCAUGACGCCCGUUUACAAUGGCCUUCUCUUCAGUAUUUCACCACUGAGCAAACAGAAGCUCUGUACAAAGAUAUUCAGUGCCCGACCGCGUUAAUACUCGCAAAAUCCGGCUGGCCAUUUGACGAAGAUCGACAAAAUCGAACAUUGGAACUGUUACGCCCAGUGCACUACACCACACUGGCAGGAAGCCACCACUUUCACGCGGAUCCAGAUACCGCAGAGAGCGUAGCUCAGGAAGUCCUGCGCUUUUUAGAGCAAGAGUAG